AGGUUGGUGCAAAUCUUCUGUCCACACGCAACGAUUUGUCUGCGCAGAUGUGAUGUGCGACGAAGAGCAACAAACUACUGUAACAUUUGAAUAUUACGUCAGAACAUUCUAAGGGACAAUAAAAGAUCUGUGCGGUGUCUCUGCAAAAGCUUCUGACGAGAUUUCAGACCUCGACUUAGCUGUGUACUUAAUGUAAACACUUAUCUAGAAUUCCCCCCCCCACCCCCCCGGUCGUCAUCCUUAAAUAAAUAAAUAACUUAAAUAAUUGUUUUUAUCAUAUCAGAUAUGUUUCUCAUGUUCUUCAGAUCUCCAUGUAUAUUAUUUGAAAUUUUGCCCGCAGUUGCCAUCUUGAAUAACCGGCAAUAAAUAAAAAAAUAAAAAAUAAAGUUAAAAAACAAAUCCGCCGAAACUCCUCUGACCUGCGAAAUAAAAUCUAUGUAUAUUUGAAGAAUAAAAACAAACUUCAGAAGUCAUAUCUUUGGAAGGUACACAUUGCGAUGUAGAUGGUGUGGUGGUAAAUAAACUAUUGUGGUUAGUGACACGGGUGUACAACAUGGGUAUUUUGGAAAAGAUAUCGGAAAUUGAGAAAGAAAUCGCCAGAACCCAAAAAAACAAAGCAACUGAAUAUCAUCUUGGUUUGCUGAAAGCGAAACUAGCUAAAUACAGGUCACAACUUCUUGAACCACCAAAAAAAUCAGAGAAAGGUGAAGGUUUUGAUGUAUUAAAAUCGGGCGAUGCUCGUGUUGCCUUGAUAGGAUUCCCUUCAGUUGGAAAGUCUACUCUUCUCAGCACACUAACAACUACACAGAGUGAAACUGCUUCGUAUGAAUUCACAACUCUUACUUGUAUACCUGGAGUUAUUGAAUACAAAGGUGCAAACAUCCAACUCCUGGAUUUGCCAGGUAUCAUAGAAGGAGCUUCACAAGGCAAAGGAAGAGGACGGCAGGUGAUUGCUGUAGCUCGAACUGCAGAUUUAGUCAUGAUGAUGCUUGAUGCAACCAAGCAGGAUGUUCAAAGGGUCCUGCUGGAAAAGGAAUUGGAAAGUGUUGGCAUCCGAUUGAACAAGAAGAAACCAAAUAUAUAUUUCAAGGUGAAGAAAGGUGGUGGCCUGUCGUUUAACUCUACUUGUCCUCUUACACGAGUGGAUGAGAAACUUGUGCAGAUGAUUUUACACGAGUAUAAGAUAUUCAAUGCUGAAGUUCUGUUUAGGGAAGACUGUACACCAGAUGAACUGAUUGAUGUUAUAAGUGCUAACAGAGUCUACAUGCCAUGCCUUUAUGUUUAUAAUAAAAUAGAUCAGAUAUCAAUAGAAGAAGUAGACCGAAUUGCUAGACAACCAAAUAGUGUUGUCGUGAGUUGCAAUAUGAAGCUAAAUCUGGAUUACCUAUUGGAGAAACUGUGGGAGUAUCUGUCUUUGAUUCGUGUGUACACUAAGAAGCCUGGUGAACCUCCAGACUUUGAUGAUGGCCUUAUUUUAAGAAAAGGUGUUACUGUUGAGCAUGUUUGCCACGCUAUUCAUCGUACAUUGGCUGCUGCAUUCAAAUAUGCACUUGUUUGGGGGACAAGUACAAAAUAUUCUCCACAGCGUGUUGGUUUGCAUCAUGUUAUGCAUGAUGAAGAUGUUAUACAAGUUGUAAAGAAAUAAUUAUGCGUGUGUGAAGUAAAAGGAUCCCAAGAGAUACUCAGUGCUUCCAUUAAGAGCAAAACCUAACCAUUUGGCAAGAGAUGUAUUUUACUUCUGUAACAAGAGAUUAAAUAAAGUUAUCAAAACAAUA